AUGGCUACUCUCAAAUCCGGCGAUACGUUCCCCAGCGACGUUGUCUUCAAGUACAUUCCCUGGUCUGAGGAAAGUAACGACAUCACUUCCUGCGGCAUUCCCAUCAACUACAACGCCUCCAAGGAGUGGGCCAACAAGAAGGUUGUCUUGUUCUCGGUACCUGGCGCCUUUACCCCAACUUGUUCCGUCAACCACGUUCCCGGAUAUAUCAAGAACCUGCCAAACCUGCGAGAGAAGGGAGUGGAUAUUGUCGCUGUCGUUGCCUUCAAUGAUCCCUUCGUGAUGAGCGCCUGGGGAAAGGCAAACCGAGUUCGCGGGGACGAAAUCCUUUUCCUGUCGGACCCGGAUGCGAAGUUCUCCAAAAGCAUCGGUUGGGCCGAUGAGGCCUCAGGACGCACGGGCCGAUAUGCGAUCGUUAUUGAUCACGGCAAGGUUGGCUAUGCCCAAAUCGAGACUGAACGGGGUGCUGUCAAGAAAUCUGGCGCCGAUGCGGUUCUUGCCUCGCUGUAG